CUGAGAGGCAAUACGGAUUUUGCAAAAACUGUCAGCCACGUCACCGCCAGAGGUCUGACCAACUUUUCCAGCCCUUUGCGGACAGUGGUGCAGACGAAUCCCUAUGCAGAAUAUCUAGAAUGAACAUUUAUGAGCAUUUGCAGUGAUUUCCAAAGAACAAGAGGACAUAACAUUUGGGAACAUUGAAGUUAUUUGGACUUUUUUGUUGUUGUUGAGGAGUUUCAUUUUACAUACGUUAUUGUUUUGACUUCGCCUGAAGACUACUUGGAGGCCUCAUUCUUACAGAUUUUUACCGAUAUUUCGGCUCUUUCUUUUUGGAAUACCAAAACAACACUAUGAAUAUCUUCCGUCUAGCCGGUGACGUGUCCCAUCUAGUUGCUAUCAUCAUUCUAGUUAUGAAGAUAUGGAGGUCCAAAUCCUGUGCUGGUAUGUUGACAGUGGUACUGUUUGAUUUAUUAACUGUUAAUGAUUUAUUGACUUGCUCAUGCAUAUGCCUAAUAUCGGUUUAACAAACUUGGGGACACAUUGCCUGACGACACACUGAAUUUUUCUGCUGCUCUAUGUUCGCUACAUAGGCCUACUUCAUUGCGGAAAAGAAACUAACGUCCGUGGUAGCCAGGCAAGGUGACACAGUGAAUAAGAAAUGCAUCUGUCCAUCUCAGUUGUGAAGUUGACCUCACACUCCUAGUACUGGUCUGCAACGCUCACAGCAGUGCAUUUGUUACUUUGUUGCAACAAUGUAACAACGCGCCUCGAUUAUAAUUGGUUACAAUACAUUGCAAUAUUUUGUGGUUAGAGAGUAAAUCAUUUUGACUUGUCCACUUCGACCCACAAGAAUGUUACGUGGCAUAUUGUUCAGUCUAGCCUAAUUUGCUUUGGGAGUCGCACCGUGGCCUGUUUUCUACCUCAGCUAACCGCAUUGAUCAUGUUUUGCCAUCCCCAGGUCAUGAAAUGAAAUUGUUGUGUAUAUGUGUACAUAAGCGAGAUUAAUGACUGUUGUGUGUUUCUGCAGGUAUUUCUGGGAGGUCUCAGGUGCUUUUUGCAUUAGUCUUCACUACAAGAUACCUGGACCUGUUCACUAGCUUCAUCUCCAUUUACAACACAGUUAUGAAGGUGAGGUAGCAGAUAGUAUCCUACAAAGAAGCCAAUCAAUCAAUGAUUUGUGUUCUAACCUAAACUCCUUCCCACUUUCUUGUGUGCUCAGGUGGUGUUCCUGGCUUUGGCAUAUGCCACUGUGUACCUGAUCUACAUGCGCUUCAGGAGCACCUACGACUCAGAGAGUGACUCAUUCCGUGUUGAGUUCCUGCUUGUGCCUGUGGCUGGGCUUUCCUUCCUGGAAAACUAUGCAUUUGCCCCACUGGAGGUAAAUGUUCCAGGUUCAAUACAUACUGUAGAUAUUGAACAUACAGGUAACUGCCAAAAUAAAGGAAACACCAACAUAAAGUGUCUCAAUAGGGCGUUGGGCCACCACAAGCCGCCAGAACUGCUUAAAUGCGCCUUGGCAUAGAUUCUACAAGUGUCUGGAACUCUAUUGGAGGGAUGCGACGCCAUUCUUCCACAAGGAAUUCUGUCAUUUGUGUUCUGUUGAUGGUGGUGGAAAAUGCAUCUCAGGCGCCGCUCCAGAAUCUCCCAUAAGUGUUCAAUUGGGUUGCGAUCUGGUGACUGAGACACACACACACACACACACACACACCCUUUAAACCCCCUUUGUGAUCCUUCUUUUCAAGUCAUUGAGAGGUCUUCUAGCCAUGGUAGCCAAAAUAAUGGACAACUGGGCAUUUUUAUACAUGACCCUAAGAAUGAUGGGAUGGUUUAAUAGCACCAGCUUUCAAUAUACUUUGUAUCCCUCAUUUACUCAAGCAUUUCCUUUAUUUUGUUUGUUACCUAUAGAUUAUAAUGAGCGAUUCUAUCACAUCAUGGUAUAGAUAGACAAUGUAAGUGAGGGGCAACUAAAACCCCAAAUAUUUGCUUUUGGGGAAUAUUGGCCUAGAAGUCUCAACUUGACUGGUAGAGGGUCCCUUGAUGUGUUUGUGCAUGUGCAUGUCAGACCUCAUACUUGAUUGAAUGCAUAUCUUUGGUGCACAGAUCCUGUGGACCUUCUCCAUCUACUUGGAGUCAGUGGCCAUCUUGCCCCAGCUCUUCAUGAUCACCAAGACCGGCGAAGCAGAGUCCAUCACCACCCACUACCUGUUCUUCCUGGGUCUCUACCGAGCCCUGUACCUGGCCAACUGGGUGUGGCGCUACCACACAGAGGGCUUCUUUGACCAGAUUGCUGUGGUGUCCGGUGUGGUGCAGACUAUCUUCUACUGUGACUUCUUCUACCUUUACGUUACCAGGGGUAAGUAUGAGCCAGGGAGUGAUUUUGACUUUGUCUUAUAUUUCUAGUACAUAUUUCAUCCCCUUUACCUUUCCCUCUUUCCCUUUGUCCCUCUCCAGUGCUCAGAGGAAGUGGAAAGAUGUCCCUGCCCAUGCCCGUCUAA